AUGGCGCCGAAGUGGGAGUGCAGCAAAUGCCUCGAGGACAACAGCGACUCAGAGGAGCUUUGCCAGUGGUGCGAUACUGUUCGGGACGAGGCAGACCCCCUGCGUCGGGACAAGUGUGAGAGGCCAAAGCAGCCACCCAAGGAUGAGAGGCGCAAGCAGCCGCCCAAGGAUGCGAGGCCACAGCCGCCUAAGGAUGAGAGGCCACAGCAGCCGCCAAAAGUUGAGAGGCCAAAGCAGCUGCAAGAGGAUGAGAGGGAGAGGGAGAGGAUCGAGCAGGCGGAGCAGGAGCAGGAGCUCGAGGAGAUGUGGGCACGCCGCCGUGUGCGGCUGAUGCAGGAGCUGGCGCAGGUGGACGGCUACGGCCCAGAGCAGCGGCGGAGCCGCCUGAGGGCGCUGCAGCUGGAGCUGCAUCCGGACAAGCACCGGGGAGGAGACCAGCGCUUCGCGCAGGAAAUGUUUCUGCUGGUGCAGGGCCGCUGGGAGGAGGAUGAGCGGGCGCGGAAGCGGCGUAUGGAGGCGCAGCAGCAGGAGGCCGAGGCUUUGGCGCGCCAGGAGGAGGCGCUGAGGCGGCGCCAGGAGGCCCAGCGGGCAGCCAAGGCGCGGGAGGAGGCGCUGCAGCGCCAGAAGGAGGUGGAGGAGGCGGAGCAGAAGUCGCGCUGGGAGGCUGCGAAGGCGAAGGCGGAGGCGGAGCUGCAGCGGGAGGAGGAGCAGAGCCCGGAGCAGGGAUGCCAGGAGGAAGGGGUCCAGCUUGAUGAAGAGGAGGAGCAGGAGAUCACGUUGCAGGAUAUCAAGGACGAGCAGCUCCGCAUCGACGAGGCCCGGGCCCGCCUGGCGGAGAGCCUGCGGGAGGAGCUGCAGGCGAGGCACCGCGAGGACGAGCCGAUGCAGGUGAACAUCAGUGACAUCCAGGGCCCCCUGCGCAGCAUCUGGGCCGAGAGGCGGUGGCUGGUGGCAGACCUGAAGAAGCAGCUGGAGAAGAGCGAGAAGCUGCCAGCCCUGCGGCAACGCUUGCUGCUGGGCGACCAAGAUGUGGACGACUUGCAGUCGCUGUGGGACCUGGCGGGGGGAAACGCCCUGAAUCUGGUGCUGGUGGUGUGCAUGGACAAGCACUGCAAGAUUGAGCCCUUCAUGGCUGCCUUCUCUGGGAGUUGGCGCAUCUUGCAGUCCGCGGCGGCGCCCAUCCGCGCAAACUCAAAGAUCCUCAAGCUGGCCUUGAGCCAAGACUGGCGGGCACUCUCCUCCGCCUCCCCGGCCCUGCGCGCGGAUUACGCCAUGGCCAGGCGGGCGGUGCGGUGCAGCGGCCUGGCCCUGGAGAUCCUGCCGCUGGAGAUGCGGAACGACCGGGCGCUGGUGCUGCAGGCGGUGCAGCAGACCUGGAAGGCGCUGAAGUUCGCCUCGCUGAGGCUUCGGGGGGACAAGGAGGUGGUGCUCGAGGCGCUGCGUCAGGACGCUGCGUGCCUGGACUUCGCGGCGCAGAAGCUGCGGAAGGACAAGGCGCUGAUGCUGCGGGCGGUGCGCUGCGAGGGCAUGGCCCUGAGGUUCUGCUCCGCGGAGCUGCGGGGCGACUUGGAGGUGGUGGUUGAAGCCCUGAAGCAGAACGACAAGGCCAUCGUGCACGCGGCGCCAGAGGCCCGCAGUGACCCGAAACUCCACGCGGCCAUGCGGGGCAACUCGGAGGUGUUGAGGUUCCUGGGCUUUGAUAGCAAUGACCGGGUGAACACGGAGCAGCAGCUCUUUGACACCUACAUGGGCUCCUGGACCUCUCCCUACGACGCCGAGUCCAUCGCUGCGGCCCUGCGCCGGCGCUGA